AUGAGCAAAUAAAUUCAAAAAAAAUAAUUACAUAUCCUAUCUAAAUCCAAAUUAGCCAGAAUAAAAGAUGGAAAUGAAGAAGAGAGUAUCUUUAAAUCUUUUAUAUAAUUGCAUAUUGAAUAAAGAGAGAAUUAUCACAGAGACAUUUGUGAAUAAUAAUUAAAGUAAAGAAAAGAAUUUGAAAGAUUAUGUCAAUCCAUUAAAAAAAAUGAUGUGUCUACACGAUUUAAUAAAUAACGAUAAUCUUAGUCUGUUUAAUAAAGUCCAUAAAUAAAGGUUUCGUUCUAAACACCUUUGUUAAACAAAGUUCAUCGAAAGUUUUAAAAAACCCCAUUUCCUAAAUAAUGA